UCGAACCCUCUCAAGCUCGCUCUACCACCACAGUUUUCACGACGUAUUCAAAGGCCUCAAGUAUCCUGCCCGAAGGCAGGUUUGCCCCUCCACGAAACUAUCUUGAGAUAACGUGAACGACCUCCAACCACCAACAUGUGCGUCGCCGAACUGAACGUCUCCCUACUGCCCUGCCGCCAUCGCUGGUACCACCUCACCCGCUCUUGCAGCCCGAGUACCAACCUUGCCAACUGCGGGGCCAAGCUCGGAAUUACAGGAUGGGAGAUCAAGUGUGAUUUCUGUCCUUACUGCUCUGGUUGGAAUCUCUCUACCUCAGAGUACCGCCUGGUGGGCAACGACCGAACCCCAUCUAUUGGAGGCCUUUCCCGAACCCCAUCCCUAGCAGCCACUCGACGCGACUCUCGCCGUGGCAGCCUUGCUAGGUCCGACAGCAGCACGAGCAUCACGAUGAUGGCUCAGGAGAAGAACCGAGCAAUGAACGCGAGGGUUGAUGCAUACUUCAGGGUUCCAGUCCAGACGUCAGCCCUCCCUGAAGUCGAGGAUGAAGUCGACGGAAUCAUUGCGACGAGCCCAAGCGACACCGCGAGCGAGGGUCAGGAGAGCCUCAGACAGGCAUCAUCCACCUCUUCCCAAUCUGAUAAGGCUGGGUUGAUGAAGAAGAUGCGUAAGAGGUCCAAGAGACUCUCGCUUGGCCUGUUCAAGUGAAUAACGGGCUUUUCAGGCUUCGCCUCGAUUCUUCCCUCUCGCCUACACAUAUUGCCCAAAUAACGUUCACGCGGGUACGUGAACAGGUCAUCAUUCAUCACAAUUGUUCAAUCUCAACUCUGGUCCUGACCAUCGACGGAGGCCGUUCCGAAGCCCACUCAUUCCCUUUUUCGGACUGAUUUCAGAGCCAACCCCGCCUUCCA